GCCCAACAUCACCAACAUCACCGCGCACUCCAACUCAUUCAGACGGAGUGUGCCGCAUGAAUAAAAGCUGCAUGUGUACAGCUGUUCAUUAAGAUGUCGUGGGACAAAAUAGCGCUCUUCUUUUUACAACUUUCACUGACAGCUCAGCAUGUCACAGCCAUUCACAGACAUGACAUCUAUCCAUAUGGGAUGUUUUACGGCGAUGUAACUCUGCAAGAAGGGGACGAUGAGACUUCUGAAGUGACCACGCUCACCAAACCAAUGUACUUCUAUGAGACGUCCUUCACUAACUUAUAUGUGGCCACCAAUGGAAUCAUCUCAACUCAGGAUCUUCCCAUGGAGAAGCAGUAUGUAGAUGACGGCUUCCCCACCGACUUCCCUGUCAUCGCCCCCUUCCUGGCUGACAUUGACACCAGCAAAGGAAAAGGAUCCAUCGUCUACCGGCAGACGGAGUCUCCUACCGUGCUGAAGCGGGCGGAAGCGGAUGUCAAGAGAGGCUUUCCAGAUGCCACGUUCACCCCAACUCAUGCCUUUAUCGCCACCUGGGAGAAUGUGUCAGCUUAUGAGGAGGUCACCCGCAGCUCUAGCCCGUCCAGUCGGGUAAACACAUUCCAAGUGGUGCUUGCGUACAAUGAGAAGGAUACUUAUGCGCUCUUCCUAUACCCUGAGGAUGGCCUGCAGUUUUUUGGGACACGGCCCAAAGAAUCUUACAAUGUCGAAAUUGAGCUUCCAGCUCGUGUUGGCUUCACCAGAGGAGAACUGUCCUUCCUCUUCUUUUCUCGGACAGAGGGGCCAUACUACAGUGUCACCAGCAAUGAGCAGUCCGUCAAGAACCUUUACCAAAAAGGAAACAUAGGAGAGCCUGGAGUUUGGCUCUUCCACAUUGGAAACAGAUAUUCCUUCCAGAAUGUCAUUCCGGCACAGCAUGAGGCUGUUUUAACCAAAGCUCCCCCAGUCCUGGUUGCUGUGUUCCCUGAUGAAGACUACACAGAAACCGAUGAGGAGGAGUACGAUCCCAUUGAUCCAGACUUCCAAGAUCCCACCACAACAGACUUUCUUGAGCCAGAGCAGGACUCCUCCCUACUGGAGCGUCUCAACCAGGAGGUGCCCCUUGGUCAGUCUCCACCUCAGCCCUCAGUGUCUGGUCCAGGCAAGUUUCCUCCGCAGGAUCCCCAUAAUCUCCCCCCGGAGGACGUGACCCAGCCCCAGCGGCCAUUACCAAAGCACGCAAUUCUGCAGGUGUACCCGAACCGUGUAAAGGAUGUCCCACCUCACGCUUCUGGUGGUCAAGUGUUCAGUGUUGAGGAGAAAGUGGAUUUUGACUCUGGAGUGAUCCAUUACUCAACCGAUAAUAAAGAGACAUGUGAGCGCUUCCAGCAGCAGUGCAGUCAGAACGCACACUGCACAGACUAUUCCACCGGCUUCUGCUGUCACUGCAACUCAGGAUUCUACGGCAACGGCCGUCACUGCCUGCCAAACGGUGCACCUCAUCGUGUAAAUGGAAAGGUCAGAGGGACUGUACUGGUGGGUGGCACAGCAGUGCAGCUGGACAGCAUCGAUCUGCAUGCCUACAUCGUGGUGGGUGACGGACGAGCGUACACUGCCGUCAGUGAGGUCCCAGAGCCGGUGGGCUGGGCCCUCAUGCCCGUGGCCCCCAUUGGAGGCCUGUUUGGUUGGCUCUUCGCCCUGGAGUUGCCAAACAGCCUUAAUGGCUUCAGUAUCACCGGUGCCGAAUUCACUCACCGUGCCGAUGUGACCUUCUAUCCCGGUAACCAGCGUCUCAGCAUCGUCCAGACAGCUACGGGUUUGGAUAACCAGAACUACCUCAACGUGGACACUCAUUUACAGGGCAGUGUUCCCUUCAUCCUUCCUGGUGCAACAGUGCAGAUGGAGCCAUUUAAGGACACCUACCAUUAUUAUCCUUCAUUGAUUACCUCCACAUCCGUGCGUGAGUUUACAGUCGUCUCCGCUGAAAACGGAGCAGAGACCCACACUUUCCAGGUCAAACAGAACAUCACGUACAGGGACUGCAAUCACGGGCCCCGCAGCAGACUGGAGACGCAGGAACUGAGAAUGGAACGCGUAUUUGUUAUGUACGUCAAAGAGGAGCACAUCCUUCGAUAUGCCAUUACCAACAAGAUCGUCCCUCUCGGAGCUGGAGACCCAGAGCCCGAAGAUGUGAAUCCCUGUUACUCUGGAAAUCAUGACUGUGACACAACCGCACAGUGUGUGCCGGGCGAGGGACAGCUGUUUUUGUGCCAGUGCGCCACAGGUUUCAGAGGAGACGGUCACAACUGUUAUGAUGUGGAUGAGUGUGCAGAAGGUCUGAGCUCCUGUGGUGCUCAUUCUUACUGUGUGAACCUGCCUGGAAGCCAUCGCUGUCAGUGUGAGAGCGGAUUUGAGUUUGGAUUUGAUGGCCGGACAUGUCAGGAUGUGGACGAGUGUCGUGACCAGCCGUGCCACACCCAGGCCUUGUGCUCAAACAGUCCGGGAUCUUUCCAGUGCCAGUGCCAACCGGGAUACCAUGGAGAUGGUUUCAUGUGCCACCCUCAAAAUGGUCAUCCCAAGACCCAGUGUGAGCAGUACAGAGACAGUCUUCAGAGUGGAAAUGGUGAUGUUCCUCUGGUAGGAGCCUUCAUCCCUCAGUGUGAUGAGGAGGGUCAGUACAGGCCGCAGCAGUGCCACGGGGCCACAGGUCACUGCUGGUGUGUGGACAGUAGAGGACAGGAGAGAGCGGGCACCCGAACUCCACCCGGAACCCCAUCUAGAAACUGCGAUGAGCCAGUGCGUCCCAAGACCCAGUGUGAGCAGCACAGAGACAGUCUUCAGAGUGGAAAUGGUGGUGUUCCUCUGGUAGGAGCCUUCAUCCCUCAGUGUGAUGAGGAGGGUCAGUACAGGCCGCAGCAGUGCCACGGGUCCACAGGUCACUGCUGGUGUGUGGACAGUAGAGGACAGGAGAGAGCGGGCACCCGAACUCCACCUGGAGCCCCGAGAAUAAACUGUGAGGAGCCUGUGCGUCCCAAGACCCAGUGUGAGCAACACAGAGACAGUCUUCAGAGUGGAAAUGGUGGUGUUCCUCUGAUAGGAGCCUUCAUCCCUCAGUGUGAUGAGGAGGGUCAGUACAGGCCGCAGCAGUGCCACGGGUCCACAGGUCACUGCUGGUGUGUGGACAGUAGGGGACAGGAGAGAGCGGGCACCCGAACUCCACCUGGAGCCCCGAGAAUAAACUGUGAUGAGCCUGUGCGUCCCAAGACCCAGUGUGAGCAGCACAGAGACAGUCUUCAGAGUGGAAAUGGUGGUGUUCCUCUGGUAGGAGCCUUCAUCCCUCAGUGUGAUGAGGAGGGUCAGUACAGGCCGCAGCAGUGCCACGGGUCCACAGGUCACUGCUGGUGUGUGGACAGUAGGGGACAGGAGAGAGCGGGCACCCGAACUCCACCUGGAGCCCCGAGAAUAAACUGUGACGAGCCUGUGCGUCCCAAGACCCAGUGUGAGCAACACAGAGACAGUCUUCAGAGUGGAAAUGGUGGUGUUCCUCUGAUAGGAGCCUUCAUCCCUCAGUGUGAUGAGGAGGGUCAGUACAGGCCGCAGCAGUGCCACGGGUCCACAGGUCACUGCUGGUGUGUGGACAGUAGAGGACAGGAGAGAGCGGGCACCCGAACUCCACCUGGAGCCCCAAGAAUAAACUGUGACGAGCCUGUGCCUCCAACCCAGCGUCCAGAGACCGUCUGUGAGCGCUGGAGAGCCAGUCUGCUGCAGCAAUAUGGAGGUCAGCUGGAAUCUCACCAUUAUCUACCUCAGUGUGACUCUGCAGGGGAGUUCAACCCAGUUCAGUGCUACGGAGACAGCAGCUACUGCUGGUGUGUGGACCAAAACGGGCGGGAAGUACCAGGAACCCGCUCACACAAUGCUGUGAAACCUGCCUGUAUACCUACUGUGGCCCCUCCCACCAUGCACCCUCUGCCACGCCCAGAUGUGACCCCGCCUCCAACAGGCACAUCCUUGCUCUACGCCCAGGGCCAGCAGAUUGGUGUUUUGCCUCUCAAUGGCACACAGAUGGACAAGCAGAGAUCUUCAGUGCUGCUCGCUCUACAUGGCUCUAUAGUGGUCGGCAUUGAUUACGACUGCAGAGAAAGGAAAGUUUAUUGGACGGAUCUGGCUGGAAUAAUAUAAUAUAAUAUAAUAUAAUAUAAUAUAAUAAAUAUUUCAGCUCUGACGAGUCCAGAAGGUCUUGCUAUAGAUGUCGCCCGUAGAAGACUGUUUUGGGUGGACAGCACAUCAGAUAAGAUUGAAACAACUAACCUUGAUGGAAGUGACAGGCGUGUUCUGUUUGACACCAACUUAGUAAAUCCCAGAGCCAUCAUCGUAGACUCCCCUACAGGAACACUCUACUGGACUGACUGGAACCGAGAAGCUCCUAAAAUCGAGAGCUCCUCUGUGGAUGGACAAAACCGAAGACUCCUGGUACAAGAUGGCAUCGGACUGCCCAACGCUUUGACCUACGACUCCACCACACGCCAGGUCUGCUGGGCCGAUGCAGGAACCAAGCGCCUUGAGUGUAUAUCACCUAAUGGGACAGGGAGACGUGUGGUCCACAGUAACCUGAGCUACCCCUUCAGUAUGGUUGCCUUCUCCAAUCACUACUAUUACACAGACUGGAGGAGGGAUGGGGUCAUCGCUCUCAGUCGAGAUAACCAGUCAACAGAUGAGCACCUGCCUGAUCAGAGGUCUCAUUUGUAUGGUAUUACAGUCGCCCCGCCACACUGUUUAUAAGGGAGACGCUAAUGACAGAGCCAGCGUUACAUGGUGCUAUUUUGGGCGAGAGUUUGGAGAGCUUGUGCUGUGGGAAU